AUAAUUGGACAUCUCCCGUCUGAUUGGCUAUGGCCAAUGCCACCUCUAACACUGGCUCCUUUGCUCUGCAAUGUUGAUGUUUUAUCUCUACUAAUAACACAAGCCUGCAGAAGUUCCACCAUGUUGUGGAGUUGCUGAUGCUAACGGUUAGCUUCUACUAGCUGGGACGUGCUCUGCUCUCUCCUGGAUGCUAAAUCAACAACAGCCUUCCUUUCUUUCUUUCUUUCUUUCUUUCUCUCUUUCUUUCUUUCUUUCUUACUUUCUUUCUUUCUUUCUUUCUUUCUACAGGUUUGAAGGUCCUUUAAUCACACAGAGCGUUGUUUAGACAUGAAAAAACAGUGACUUGCAGUUUUCCAGCACUUUUGAUUUCCUGAUGCUCACCAAACAACAACUAGAGACACUGUAAACUGUUAGCAGUUCAGCACAGACCUGUAACGUAGCUGCAGGACCUUUUAAGGACACAAGACAAUGACUUGCCAGCUCUGAAGUCGAAAUUCCUCAUAAGCGGCCUCCGUGGUGUGUCGCCUUGGCUCGAUGAGCGAACUGCUAAAUAUUUAUAGAAGCCAGAGCUAAACAUUAACACGUAGGGCAGUUCAGACAUUCAUCAUAGGUGCUCUAGGGGGCAGGCUGCGGGCUGCUGUUCAAUCAACACCUUUCUGUUACACACACACACACACACACACACACACACACACACACACACACACACACACACACACACGCAAUCACUUGUACGCACAAAAGCCAAUAUGGUGAUAAAUUCCAAACAGCCUGAUAAAUUGCAGCCAUUGGUCGGUGAUGUGGCUCUGACUCAGUCCCACCCAACACACACACACACACACACACACACACACACCGACAAACACACACACAGAUGCUCACACGCACAUGCACCUGACGUGGUGUUUGAUGGAGUUAGACACCAUGGCAACAGAGCUGUGACUCUUGCUGUCCUGUGAGUGGACUGAAGCUGUGGAGGAGGGAGGAAAAUACCAGCCAGCGCCGCGACUCAAGAGCAGCUAUUAUUCUUCCCACCCUGUUCCCCUGCUUCUCCUUUUCGCUGUCUUGCUUUUGCGCCUCAGCUGAAGUCUGAGCGUCACUUUCUGCUCAUCUUGAAGGUGCGAUCAGCGGCCUGGAGAUUGUAAAGCCGUCGAUUUAGCAGAACCUCAGCUGUGAUCUGAGGGAUGAUGCUCGCGGGCAAAACCAGGAAGCCGUCUUGUUUGUUGAUGUUUUAGCUUUAUUUCACUUUUUCGGGCAACAUCUGCAAAUACAAGUGAACUCCUCUUUUCUUGAUCACUUCUCGCCAUCUUUUGAUUUGGAGUUUCUUCUGCCAGCCACGUUUUAAAGUAGACGUGCAGGUCUCAAAGCAUCUGUGAAGGUUUACCGCCUGCAGACUCAGAUGGCGGAGAGACGGGGGAAACGGGGGAGGUGAAACGCAUUUUGGUCUCUGGGUUGCUUUUUCACGCUCUGACUGUCAGCAUUUGUUAACACACGCAAACAGAUGCACACACACUUUUCACCCAGUGUGAAAUUGUGGGAACGUGGCUGUUGACAGCAGAAGUUUGUCCGUUCCCCUACAUUACUCCCUCCCUCCCUCCCUCCUCGCUUCCCUCCCUCUCCUCCCUCUUUUGCAUACGAUCCAAGUGCGAGCUGUGAAAGGUGAACUUGCAGCCUGCUGUGGAUAAAUUAUGUGUGACAUGUUUAGCUGUGCUGCCUUAUAUGGAGCCCCGUUUAGCGGAAUACAGUAAGGCUCAGCCAGGAGGGAGGAAGGAAGGAAGGAAAGGAGGAGACGGAGGAGGAGGAAGAAGGAAAAAGAGGCAGGGCAGGGUGAAAGUGAAGGGAAAAAAGGGAGGAGGAGGGAGAGUAGUGACAGAGCGAGUGAAAGAGAAGAUUGCCGCGAAGCAAGCAUGAGGUUUUAGCUUUCCGUCCCCCUCAGCAGCAGUCAGAUGAGUCCUUGCAGAUGUACAAGAGAAGUGCCUUCAUUUGCUGACCCUCGUGGCUGUUUGGCUCUGCUGAAGCCUCCUGCACCCGUCCACGUCUGCUGGAGCUGCCAGCCUCAACAGGAGCACCAGGACGGCCGUGACUGCCAGCCGCAUCCACUGAGGCUGUCCCCACACCAGUGACGCGCGCCUCCUCCCCACCCCCACCCACCUGCUCUGUGGCCAGACCUCUCCGUAUCCAUGCCCUUCAAGCCUCCGCUGCGGAGGCCGAACGCUUCCUCCUUCUCAGCAGACAGAUCCUGAUACCGAAGACAAACAGCUUUUAUCGGCUCCUCUGAGCGGAAGGAAAUUGUUUCAUUGCCGUCCCCUCCACCAGACUACCCGCCUCUACUCCCUUCCUUCCCUCAGUCCUGCGUCCUUUCAUCAUGGGCCAGGCCUGAUCGAUAAUGUGCUUUGCUCUUUGUCUCAUCUGACAGUUCAGCUGACAAGCGGGCAUACUGAGAGAACGGGCGUGGUGUGAUGGGUGCACGCGUGUUUUUAUAAACCAGAGAUUACAAAACAGAGCUUGGUGGUCGCCAGCAGCCGAGGCACCGGGUUUGAGGCUCUGAGGAAUUCCUGCUAAAGCCACAAACACACUCUUGGGAUGGGCGGCAGGUGGUAGGCAAGUCUGAGGCCUCACAGAACCUUGGGACAGAACCACUGAAGUCGGGCUUUUUGUUUCCCCCCAUGUCCCUAAUCCCUCCCUGUUCAGCCUCCGUCACAGUGUUAUUAGUUAAAAACGGACUUGCACGCAACUGCUGGACACCUCCUUUUCCUAAUCCACCCCUCCUGGUUGGUUAGAAAUGGCGGUGAAUGUGACACCGAUCCGGGACACAAAGUGGCUGACGCUGGAAGUGUGUCGAGAAUUCCAGAGAGGAACGUGCUCGCGGCCGGACAGCGAGUGCAAGUUUGCCCACCCCGCCAAGAGCUGCCAAGUGGAAAAUGGCAGAGUCAUUGCUUGCUUUGACUCACUCAAGGGUCGCUGCUCUAGGGAGAACUGCAAAUACCUGCAUCCUCCUCCUCACCUAAAGACUCAGUUGGAGAUCAAUGGAAGGAACAACCUCAUCCAGCAGAAAAACAUGGCCAUGCUGGCCCAGCAGAUGCAGCUGGCCAACGCCAUGAUCCCCGGCACGCAGCUACAACCGGUGCCAAUGUUUUCAGUCACACCCAGCCUUGCCACCAACGCCAAUGCUGCUGCCGCUGCAGCAGCGGCCGCUGCAUUUAACCCCUACCUUGGCCCCGUGUCGCCUGGCCUAAUGCCCGCUGACAUCUUGCCCUCUACUCCUGUCCUGGUCACCAGCAACCCCAGCGUUCCUGUCCCCGCUGCUGCUGCACAGAAACUCAUGAGGACAGACAGACUGGAGGUUUGCCGGGAAUACCAGCGAGGCAACUGCACACGCGGGGAGAACGAUUGUCGCUUUGCCCACCCGGCAGACAGCACUAUGAUUGACACCAACGACAACACAGUCACUGUGUGUAUGGACUACAUAAAGGGCCGCUGUUCGAGGGAGAAGUGCAAAUACUUUCACCCCCCAGCUCAUCUGCAGGCCAAAAUCAAAGCCGCCCAACACCAAGUCAACCAGGCGGCUGCUGCGGCGGCCUUGACUCAGUCGGCUGUCAAAUCACUGAAGCGACCCUUCAACUCAACUUUUGACCCGGGGCUCCCUCCUGUCUUGCCUCCUUUACCAAAGAGACCUGCACUUGAAAAAGCCAAUGGUGCCAACUCUAUGUUCAAUGCUGGUGUAUUCCAGUACCAACAGGCCCUGGCCAACAUGCAGUUUCAGCAGCAGGCUGCCUUCAUACCGUCAGGCUCGAUAUUGUGCAUGACACCUGCAACAAGUGUUGUACCCAUGAUGCACGGUGCCUCUCCAGCCACUGUGUCUGCAGCCACCACAUCUGCCACAAGUGUUCCCUUUGCAACAGCAUCAGCCAAUCAGAUUCCAAUAAUAUCUGCAGACCACCUGACUAGUCACAAGUAUGUGACCCAGAUGUAGGAGUCUCGGGCAGAAACACGAAACUGGAGUGGGCUGGUGUCGAGUGCAAGAUUAGUGGUCAUCUUUCACUCGAAAGGACGAAACAGAAAACCAGAUCUGGUCCGGUAUGGAAAAUGUCUGCAUGAUAAAAGAGGAAGAACAGCUGGUCAGAAAGGUUUUCAUGUGGUGUUCAUGCACACCAUCACACAACAACAGAAAAUAACAUAAUUGUAUUAAAGACUUUCAUUCUGCAGAGGCGACUAACUUUUGUUCACCAGACACAUUUUGAAUGUUAGCAGUCGUCAGAAAGGCCAACUACAUCGGUACGUUCAUGAAUCAUGACUUGUGUAGUUAGUUCGUUCAUUUGGUUGUCGGUCUUUGACCUAAACGUGUUCAUUUGUUUACACACAGGUGCACCUUGUGUUUCAGCUGAGGUUAGCGAGAGAAAAAACAUAAAUAUGACUGAUAUGCAUGCACAAUUAUUUCCUUUUCUUUAAGUAUUCUUUUUUUAACAGUGAUAAGGGAAUUUAGCUGAGUGUACUCAGAGACAAAACAGCAAUUGAAUGUCUGUGAGGUGUCUUUGAAACCUCUGUAGCCUAUCUUUCUAUGUCUUAAGCACAUGUUCCUGUAACGUGCCAUACAUCUCAAAAAUAUCAUAUUCCACUAGUGUUAAACUCGACGGUUCCCUUUAAUACAUCCAUCAUUUUACUUGGACAGCAUGCUAUGUCCAGUCUCAACACCUGCUGUUUGCAUCACUGAUGAUUAGAAAAAGUUCUGCAAAAUUCCUGCUGGCUGAAUAACGUACGUCUGAUAUUUUCUUUGACUUUGUUGUCCAUGUAGACGUGAAAUGACCGGAUCCGGAUCUCUACUUGAGCCCUCUUCACACUAGAAUCCUGCUCUUCCCCCUACGAUCCAUUAAAUCAUGGCUGAAUUGCAGCACAGUACUUGUGCCCUAAAGUCUUGGAACACAUCAAGAAAUAGCUAGAAGAUCAAAUCACAAAAAAUAGAGUUCGUGGAGUGUUAAAAUGAUUAAAUUUUGCCUCAUUUGAAAUGCAAAUAUCUUUAUGAUUGUAUAGAAGACGACUGAAAACAAAAUGAACACCUGUUAAAGUUACAUUUGAAUAUCAGUAACAGGAAGUGCAGAAUAUUGAUGCUCAUGGGCAGUUAUGAAAACAAGAUGAAGAAACAUAAUUCAAACGAAAACAAAACAAGUUUCCCCUAUUGGCUGGUUGCAGUAUAGGUUUUAAGUCCCGCCCCCUCUAUGAAAAUUAAUUGAAACGUUUUAUUAACUAAACAAUAAUUAUUCUCUAGGUGUUCAUUUCCAUUUUCUCCUAAUACAAUGGUUCUGUGUUGAUUGUUCCACUGGAUACCAGAUCGGCUCGGGGGAGGAUGACAUCACACUAAUGCCAACGCCACUACACUAAAAUCAGUAUCAACCUCUACCAACAAACGCCUCUCAAAAUGUUUAAUAUGUGCGUUUCCAUGUAUUUAUUUAACUAAAACACUUAGCUGUUUGUAUAAGUGCAGAAUUUUUCUGAAUAGUUCAUUUGUCCUUAUGUUGUAUACUGGCUAUUUGUUCAAUAUUAAUUUAAAAUUGCACCCCAUUUCAUAAGAAUGCCCCAAACUGAGUUUGAGGUUCGAGUUCAUAGAAAACUUUAUUUAUGGUGUACAGUGUGAGAUUAUUUAUUAGACCAAUUACAUCAUGUGCUAACAUGGCUCCCGUAACUUGUCCGCUCCGAUUAACCUUCAACGUUAACUUGGUAAUGUAACUUCUGCAAUUUUUUGAGCUAACGUCCAACCAAUCAUAGUGUGACACCAAACACAGGCGCAGGCUCCCGAGGCAAUCUGGUAACCCGAAAACAUCUGGUACAGACACUGCAAAGACAACAUGGCCUAUUAGCAAAACAAUUUGCCUUCGCCCUCAUUCGGAUGUAAAUGGAGACAUGUCAGCCAUCUUUAUUUGUCAAUAUCGAUGGGCCUGUCCAACUGCAAAUUCUCUAUGGCCAAGCCACAUUGGUGUAUGCAGGACCCUAUUUCACGAAUAUGCUGCCAUCUGGACUCUGGUUCUCUGCCAUGCAAUACACUUUUGAGCAUUCUCAAAAAAAUUUUUUGGAUCAAUCAAUCUUUAUUAUCUUCACCAUGAACUUGAUGCAAAACUCUUGCAAAAGCAGAGCGUUCCACUAUAAUCCAGUCUGAAGAGGGCCUGAGAGAGAUUUGUCUGUCCAUCCAAUAAGUCACGAGAUGUGUGAUCGCGUGUGUGGCCUGUGCAAGAAACCAAACACUCCUUCUGUCUUUGUGAUGAAGAGCUUUGUAGCCCCAGGGCGAUCAGUCUGAGUCUAAACUGCUGUGAGGCCAAACUGAAAAUCUGCAGAGCAACUGCUGACGGUGGUGUGAUACGCGAGACAUGAUUAGUUGUUUGUUUUUAUUUGUAUGGAUAUGCAUAUUGUAAGGCAGGUUGUCAACGACGUUUUAGUGUUGUGUGUGUAUAUAUAGUCCCACAUUUUUAAGAGUAUUUGUUUAUUACCUGAGAACAGUUUUUUCGGAUAGUCAGCCAAAGUUCUAUAGUGUCACUGUUAAUAGCUGUUAUGGGUAGACUGUAGAGGGCUGGAUUUGUUUUAUUAAACGCCCCCAACAAUGAAGGUUUGGAUGUUUAGAGUAGAUCUCUUUGUUUCCGUUGUGUUCCGAGUGUUCUUGAGUCAAUAAUUAGUGGAUAGUCCAGGUCAAAGUGGUGGCGGGGAGGGGGAAUGAUCAACGAUUGUAUUACUCAUCCAAAGCCUUAGAACGUACCAUCGGGUCAGCACAAUGCAACAUGCCAUUUUAAAAUCGGCUGCCUAAUUCACGUCAUGUAAACACUCACAGAGCACUAUGUGAUCGUCACUUUCUGUGUCCGUGUUUUCUUAACCUUGUAGUUUUCUUGUUUGUUUGUUUUUUUUUUGCUGAAAAAAAAUGUUUGAAUUGAGUUUGUUCAGAAAAAACUUUGAUAUUAGUUCCUAUUUUUAGUUUUACUGAUGAUAUUUAUCUUCAUAAUAAUGAGUAUAAGGUACUGUGUAUGUGUGUUUGUGUGUUCUCCAUUCACAGUUCCAUGUAAUGUUCCUUUUUAGUAUGAUUAUGAUUGUAAACUUUAUGCAUAUUGUUGAACCGUAUGCAUAUUGGUAAUUUCUUCAGUCUUGUUUGUGUUCUUUGAACAACGGAUGUUUUAUAUGAGUAUCUACCAAUAAUGAUUCAAUAGAACAGAAAGGCUGAGUUGUCACUGUGACAACUACCGCCGAUACCUGAGUAAUAUUUUAAUGAUUGUAAGGUUUGUAACUCGUCCUAUAAGGCAAAAAAAAAAGAUACUACAAAAACAUAGUUCUUAGAUGUUCAGAGUAAAAUAUGUUAUUUUCUACUGUAUCCAUUUCAGUUAUUGUUGAUAAUAUUAAUAAUAAUAAUAAUGAUGAUGAUAAUAAUGAUAAUAACUAUUGUUUUAAUAUUUCUACUCUCCCUGGAAAUUGGGCCAUGUUGGAAAGCAAGCUGCAUAUUUAAUCACUUUUACGGGCGUAGCUGGCGAGGCGACGGUAGUGAGUUGGGAUCGGGGUCUUAGUACUGGUCUAACUCCACCAACAGCAAACAGCGAGGGUGGGGGUGGGGAAAUCAGAGGCGAUGCAGGUGAUAGCCGUCGACUUUUUUGCACUUCUGUACAUAGUCAAACAACUAAGAGAGAAUCAUGUAUAUUGAGAUCUUAUUUUGAAUAAAAAAAAAGAUUAUCUCUAUGACGACAAGGAAUUUUGCUAGGACAACAAAAAUAAUUCUUUUGAAAGGCUGAACAAAAACCGCUUGCAUUUAAAGAGCACCGAGUUCUCACUCAGCAACAGAAAAAAAAAUCAAAGGCCAAGUGUUGCUCUUCUUUUUUGUCAGCAGCUUGUAGUUUGCCAGGUAAUCUUCCGGAGGAGGCGUCCACUCGGCCUCCAGCGUAAGAGCCUGACUGGGUUCGUCUGGUCUCUUAACCCGCCUGCACUGACAGGUGCGUUUGUCGCGGCCACGCCCUCCCAGGCCCCUCACCAAUCACAACACGUCCUGUCUCUUUACCUUACACCCAGAGGAAUGCAUGUCAAAGGAAAUCCAUAAACUGUUCAAGAAAAGCAACAAAAAAUCACAACACAGUAAUAAUAAAUAAGACAACGUUAAACAGAAAGAUGUAUUUACAGUAUAACAAUAUUCUAUCAAUGUAAUGGAAUAAAAUAUAUAUAAAAACACAGAAAUAGAAUAGUGGUUUAUUUAUUUUAAAAAAGAUUCCAGAGACUAUACUCACAAAAGUUUCACCACUUGGAGAGUUAAAAUACACGCAACACAAACACCAUAGCUCUGAGUAUUUCUGUUUGGGUAAGCGGUGCUUUUGGAGGAUGAACUCAGCUACAGAACUCCAUCAGGCAAAAGGAACCCUGACUAAUUAUUCAGACUUCAAGGCCUUAGUUAAAUUUCUACUUUUAAAAUGUUAAAAUCAUCUAUAAUCUUCAUAUAAUAAUGAUUUAAAAACCAAACAUGUGAUGUAAUGUGGCCAUGCUUGAUAUUUCAUUCAUUUCAUUAUGAGUUAACAAUAAUUUUUUUAUUGUCGUUUUAAUAGUGCUAAAAAUAUUGAUUUGGUAACUCGUAUUGUCAAAAAUUUGUAACAAAUAAAUUAAUUACAAUGAUUGUUUUUUGUUGUUCUUUAAAUCCCAGUUUGUAUUUAAAUACUGUAGCAUAUGCGCUAUGCUGUCACCAGUGAUUUUUAUUUUUUUUUAUGUCAUUUUAGCUUAAAAUCCUCAUAUCAGACCUCUAAUCUGAUUACAUCUGUCAAACUAAUAUUACAUCCAUGCUUUGGGUCGGUAGUGUUUAGCCCAUUAAUGUCACCUCUUGUGUGCAGCUUUGGGAAAAAUAAAAUCAAUAUGUUACCACAUGCAUAAAACUUAACAAUGACCAAGUAUGUUUUUUUGUAAAAAUUUUGUUCAGAAUUCAUGUUUGCAAGAAAAUAUUUAUUGUUUUAAUUUGGACACCAUCUUAAACCUAACCCUAGAAGGUCAAAAACAAUUAAAAUACUUUUUAAAACAUUAGGUUGUUACUAGGGCUUGGGAUCGACUCGUCAUAACCCCGAUGCGGCCGCCAACAGUCUACUUAUUGCUUGUUGCUCCAGACAACAGCGUGCUCAGUCUCGUUCUUGCAGCUUUAUUUAAUCCAUUAUUUAUUUGAUCGUUCAUAUGACACAACAUGGGGUGCAACACGCGAUCGCCAGGGACAACGGACUAACUUUUCACCAUUUUCCUGCUUGGAGGAAUAACCACUAAGACCAAGUACCUAACAUAAAGUCCCGUCGGCUCGCAGUUGUAAGGCGCCCAAACGUCACCUUCUGGUGUAUUUUAUUCUGGUAAAUUAUAUAUGGUAUAUGUUUUUUAUACGGGUUUUUUUUCUUCAACUGCAAAAUGCACACACACACACACAUCGGUAGGCAAAUGUGGGCAUACUGAAACAACACUUCUGUUACACUUCUUUGGGAUGGGAUGACCAUUUAAAUUGUUUUACUAGGGAAUAAAAGCCAGUGGAACGGUUACCUCUCAUCCAGAUGUUUACAUCUGCUCACACCACAAACAAGCUGGCCCAAAAUGUUUGAUAUGCAGAACUGCGGCGGCAACAAGUUGUUGUCGGUGCUCCAGUCUUGGGUCUUUCAUAUGAUCUGAACCGUUCAUAAUGCUGACUUUGUCCAUCGACCGGUCCCGGACAUCUUCAUUUAACACAUCCCUGUAUGUUCUGCAUCGUUUUGGGGAUUGUAACAUGUUGUUUGACAUUUCCUUUCUCCCAAAUCUGCUUCUUCUCUGCGACGUACUUUUUGUUUUCACGGUUUGUUUACACUCUUAAGGCCACCAACGUGUCUGCGCACAUCCCAGAAGGCAACGCGUAAUCACGUGCCAUCCCAAGCCCUGUAAUUUGUUUUCAUGUUUUGUUGUUUUGCUUGUUGAGGAUUAAUCCCCUCAACUUGUGAUCUUCUACAAGACAAGCACAUUCAUUUUUAUCAUUUAAUAAUUUAUCACACUAUUUAAUAUUUGAUUAUUUAUCUUCAAAGCACCACUUAAUGGCACACAAUAAAAAACAGCAUUUUGAAUAUUGUCAGAAAGCCUAACGGAGCUAUAAUUAGCCAGGGUUGUGAGAUUAGUUUCUGUUGUCUCAUCUUCUAAAAGCACACGUUUAUAUUUAUGAUAUAAUGUAAACUGAAUAUUAUUUUUGAUUAUUUGUCGUUUGUUUUUUCUGCUCGUAGUGCUGGGAUGAUGUAUUUUGUCUUCUGCUGCGGUUUGUUUCUGCUUGUUUUCUUGUUCCAGGCCCCUUGAAAGAAUGUGUUACGUUGCAUGCUGGUCACCUUGUCUUAACCUGUAGAGGAUGAUUUGUAAAGAUCGCAACAGUCUAAAGCCAUAACGUUCAAUCAUCAGAAUGAGAAAACGAGGACCGACGACGGAGAUGACAGAAACGUGUUUGAGUUUUGUUAAAUGUAAUUUUCCUGCACUAAUUAAAGACAUGAAAGAAAGUGAGAAGAACUUUAAAAAUGAACUGAUCCAACUUUGCAGAUUGUGUGUUAGUUAAAAGAAAAGCCAUGGAAGAUUUUUUUCACGGGGCCUGUAUCGCUAUAUAUUCUUGCUGUUAUAAAUUUAAAAUAUGAAAUAAAAUUUCCAACUGAACUGAA